CCCAAGCCGGCCGGCCGGCCCGGCAAAAUCCCUUUGGAGAAAGGGUAUAGCCAGAUGGACUGGUUGAGAUUGAGCCGAGGCUCACAGGACCUGGCAGGCCGACAAGGGCAGCCGCUGCGAAGAGAUAUAACAAUGGAAGAGGUGAAGGCGCAUCGAACAAAGAGUGAUGCAUGGACAGUUCUGCGAGGGAAGGUGUACAACAUCACUCCCUAUAUAAACUUCCACCCAGGUGGGGCGGAUUGGAUCAUGAAAGGAGCGGGGAUGGACUGCACUGCGCUGUUCAACAAAUAUCACGCCUGGGUGAAUUCAGACAUGCUGCUCGAGAAGUGCCUCAUUGGUCAAUUGGCGCCUGCGGCAGCCAACUAA